AUGGCGUACGCGGCGUACUGGAUGUUCCUCCAUGGCGGGGUUGUACUGGACCCUCAUCUCCCCAGUCGCUUCAGAGACUUCUGUUCUUUUGCUGUUUCUAAAUAUCUAAAGAUCAUCAGCUGGUUUCGGGGGUCUCCUCCACGGGACGAGCCCGGGUUACGAGACGUGUCUGUGGAAGAAAAGUCCUCGUCUGGAUCCAACAUGGCGUCCAAGACCACAGGAAGUGAUGUCGCAGCUUCUAAGACUGACCCAGCUGCUCCCAACAUGACGCUCCUUGCUCCUAAAGGCUGGUCCAAGACAACAGCGACUACAUCUGUAAAAGUCGACCCAGUGACAACAAAACUCAGUACCGGUCCAACCAAGACCAGCAGCAGCACCACCACUACUGCUGCUGCAGCUGCAUCCGCAGCAGCAGCUAAAGCUCAGCAGAAGACAACAGCGACUACAUCUGUAAAAGUUGACCCAGUGACAACAAAACUCAGUACCGGUCCAACCAAGACCAGCAGCAGCACCACCACUACUGCUACCACUACUGCUACUGCUGCUGCAGCUGCAUCCACAUCAGCAGCUAAAGCUCAGCAGAAGAUUCAGGUGGAAGUUCCUCCCAAAGCCCCAGAGACCAAACAGGCUCCUUCAACUCCUCAGACAUCCUCCUCUGUGCCUCCUCUGGACCCCCUGGAUGCUCUGGGCUCCCUGUUGCCGACAGAAGCUCCCAAACGUCCUGAUCCUAAGUUCACGGGACCUGAGGUGACAGAGAACGUGACGUCAGAGGAGGGCGUGCGAGUGGGGGAGAGAGAGGACACCUUACCUCCAAGAUACAGACGGCAGGACAUGCCUCCAGUUCCUGCAGACUCCAAACCAGCAGAGGUCCCGAAGCCGAUGAGCACUGCAGACGCUCUGGACGUGCUGUCAAUGGGAUUCAUGGAUACGCCCCCAGAGAAAAGUGUUGAGACCAUUAGCACCGCCUCUACAGCUGCCGCAAACUUUGCCCCCGCUCCAGCCAAGAAGAGUGACCCUGCAGCGCCCCCUGCUGAUAAAAAAGCAAAAAUGGACAUUGGCAAUUUCUCCCUCAGCGCUGCUGUUCCAGCUGACAAAGCUCCUCUGGACUCUAAAGUCUUGGUGUCUGCUCCCAAAGCCACAGUGGAGUCUUCAAAAGCACAGAGCGCUGCUUCUCCCACGAUUCAGGUGGAAGUUCCUCCCAAAGCCCCAGAGACCAAACAGGCUCCUUCAACUCCUCAGACAUCCUCCUCUGUGCCUCCUCUGGACCCCCUGGAUGCUCUGGGCUCCCUGUUGCCGACAGAAGCUCCCAAACGUCCUGAUCCUAAGUUCACGGGACCUGAGGUGACAGAGAACGUGACGUCAGAGGAGGGCGUGCGAGUGGGGGAGAGAGAGGACACCUUACCUCCAAGAUACAGACGGCAGGACAUGCCUCCAGUUCCUGCAGACUCCAAACCAGCAGAGGUCCCGAAGCCGAUGAGCACUGCAGACGCUCUGGACGUGCUGUCAAUGGGAUUCAUGGAUACGCCCCCAGAGAAAAGUGUUGAGACCAUUAGCACCGCCUCUACAGCUGCCGCAAACUUUGCCCCCGCUCCAGCCAAGAAGAGUGACCCUGCAGCGCCCCCUGCUGAUAAAAAAGCAAAAAUGGACAUUGGCAAUUUCUCCCUCAGCGCUGCUGUUCCAGCUAAGCGUCUGGGCGAAUGA